ACAUUCUGGACUGGUGCACUUCAUGACGGAAGAGAUCGUGGCGAUAAGCCAUACUAUUGUCCUGUCGGAUGGCAGCGAUGUUCUUUCUAUGUUGCUGAUAGAUUCCGCGAGAGAUUUAGAGGUUGUUGUAUUUGUUAUCAUGGUACAAAAUUUGAAUAUGGCUUGGCAAUUUUAUUAAGUGGGUUAAAACCAGCAGGAGCUAUUGCACACGGCCCAGGAAUAUAUGCUACUCCAUCAAUUAUUUAUGCUGCUCAUCCGAGAUAUGCCGAGAUUAAAGAAAUUGAACCAAAACAUCAAAACGAAUAUUUUAAAAAUAGUAAAUACAUACAAUUUGUUUUAGAAUGUCGUGUUCAUCCAAGUAAUAUAAAAAUUGGUUGCGAAACGCUAGGCGCUGGUGCUGCUACUAUCGAUCCUAAUAUAAGCAAUCAAAAGAUUGAAUGGGUCAUUGAAACCAAUGGCAAAAACAUAGUUGAUUUUAAUGAUGUCAACGCUGAAAUUGUUUGUACAGGAUUAAUGAUACGUGCUACACAAGAGUAUCCUGGCUUAUUACCUGAAUCAAAAUGGUGGUCACCGUAA